CUUGACCAAAUAAGGUGAAUGAGGUGUCCUUGGAUAGCCUUUGAAGUCUAUUUUCAUAUUUGAGUGGUCUAUGUUCGAGAGGAUAGAGUUAUCAUACAAAAAAUCGAGCUGGAGUGAGCUGUGGUCUGUAAACUCGAGCUGUGAGAGUGCUGAGACUGUUGGGUUGAUAUAUCGCGCUAUACCAAUCCAAUUAAGGCGUGUGAGAUACCACAAGAAAUCUCUCAAGACGAGGAAUCCAUGAAGGUCUGGUUUGCAUCAAUCGGAGUAGUGGAAGGCUUCCAAAUCGUCCGAGCAAAACACAACCUCGCAGAAACGGAUCUACUCUUCUAAAAAAACGUGUUCACCGGAAAACACCCAUUCUAGGGGCUGUUUUCGUACCAACGUUUAGGGGUUGAGCUGGCGCUUUGAAGAGGCUGUUUAACACCCAUAUUUGAGCAAGGAAUCAGUUCCAAAUCCACCUUGACCAAAGUCUUGACCAUUGGACCAAGAAGGGAUGGUUUAAAGCUCAAUUGAGUUUCAGGUAGAACUUGAAGGUUGCUACCCUCGCCGUUGCUCCAAGAGAAUUCAGGAGAAGAAGACGUGGUUCGUGCUCCCUCCAUUCCUGUUUUAAACUCAUUUAAAUUAAUGCUCAUGGAUGUUAUCUUUUGAAUAACUAUUGAUGGCUUGUAUGCCCAUGUUACGCCAAGUGUGGCUUGAACACUUGUAUUAAACGUUUCCGCUGCUUUGAAUGAAUAUUUUAUAUUAUGUUUAUUUAUGGAUGUACUAUGUGUGAAUGAUAUCCCAGACGCCUUGUAUAGCAUGAAUGUGUUGGACUGCGGUUGACCAUUCGUACUGUACGGCGGAUUGUUGACGUGUCCGGGUAGGUCCGGGGCAUGACAAUUUAAUUGGUAUCAGAGCCUUAGUCCGUAAACUUCAUAAUGAAGCUUCAAAAUCCCUUUUGAAAAUGAUUUUGAAAACCAUGAGCAUAAAAGUUUUGCACUUAUAGAACUUUUGGUACUUGAGUUGCAAAGUCUCUAAUUGUUAAGAUGGUACCCUUAACAAUUGGUAUGAUGGUGAUUUGAGCCGAAGGAUGUCUUUAAGUGCCUAUCCGUCACUUGACAUUGAUACGAGUCUAAUGGCUCAUUCUCAAUUUCUUUCAGAAAUGGAACGUACCGGGAAAGUUACUCGACGGAACCCGACUGGCCAGGCACCGGGAGGGUCCCAACGUGGCAGUCGGGGGGCAUCGAGGGCGUCCAGGGGACAAGGCCGUGCAGGCCACUCGCUGACCGUGAGUGACGGCCAUGUUGAGACGAUUGACGAGCAUUAUGAGUCCGAGGAGGAUUCAACUUACCGACCGGGAACUGAGCCGGUUGAAACCCCAUAUGAUGGGGAGGAUGAUGACGUUAGCGAAGAGAGCAAUGAUUAUGACGCCCUCGAGCGGAUUGAGGAAUUGCUUCGGCAAUACCAACAAGAUCGCCAAAGGCGCCAGGCAAGGCGUGCUUCGGGAGGGGCUUCGAGAAGAGGGAGUUGUGUUACCUCUAGGGAACAUGAGGAGUCCCGAGGAGGAAGAGGUGCCGAGGUUCCUAUCAUAAGAAUCUCGAAAUACCUCAAAGAGGCGAGAGAGUUGGGAUGCAAACCAUUUGAUGGAAUGGGAGACAUCUCCGUG